GCUGUUAACUGUCAUUUGUGCUAUACUGGGCAUCGGACUAUUUUUGAUCUAUCGAUGGAUAAGCCAAAAUUUUAAAUAUUGGGAUCAAUAUGGCAUGAUACCUAGUGUCCUUGGACGUUUAUUCAGUGCAAAUAUUUGGGACGUGCUAACAUUUAGGACAAAUUGGGGACUGCAGCUAAAAGUCAUCUAUGAGGAUCCCAAGUAUAAAAACGAUGCUGUCGUUGGUGUUUACGCUCUGCAACCAGCUCUCUUGGUGCGCGAUCCAGAACUGAUCAAGUCCAUACUGAUAAGAGACUUUGAAUGUUUUUCCAAACGAUUUUUAGAGAGCGACCUUCACCACGACCCCAUCGGCAGCAAAACUUUGUUCUUGGGCCGUUACGAAUUAUGGAAGGAGCUGCGAAGCAAAUUCAGUCCCUCAUUCAGCAGUGGAAAACUUAAACAAAUGUAUCCCCUGUUUCAGGAAGUGGGUGCCAAUUUGGAAACCUAUCUACAUAAACAGGGAAAUCGAUUUGUUUGCGAGUUCAAAGAUUUGGCACAGAUGUUUACCAUAGACACCAUUGCAACUACGAUUUUUGGCUUUAGCUCAAAUUCGUUAGAAAAUCCCAAAGAAGAAUUGAACUACCAAUCGCGACAAUUGGCUCACUUCAAUUUUAGAAGAUUUUUAAAUAUGCUCAUCAUUUGUUAUGUGCCUAAAUUGAGUAAAGUGUUUAAUGUAAAAUUUUUCUUCGAGGAUUCAAAUGAAUUUGCCAGACGUGCCGUCGAAGUUGCAUUAGCGGAAAGGGAGAGAAGUGGCAUCAAACGCAAUGAUAUGAUCGAUGUUUUCGUCAAACUGAAGAGUGAAGCCGCCGCCAAUGGCAUGAGCACGAAAGAAUUUAAAGAAGUCAUUGCUGCUCAAAUGGCCAUAUUUUUGGCUGGUGGAACAGAAACCUCUUCCACAACAAUUGCCAACAUAUUGUUUGAAGUGGCUAAGCACUCACAUGUCCAAGAUCGUCUGCGCCAAGAAAUAUUGCAGGCAUUUGACAAUGAAAACGGUUCCAUAUCGUAUGAGACAUUGACUGGCCUUGAAUAUCUUAACAUGAUUAUUGAUGAAACUCUACGCAUGUAUCCAGUUUUUCCCUUUAUAGAGAGAGAACACCUUAAUCCGAGCAAUAGCGGCAAACAAUUUUCCCUAAAGCCUUUUUAUGAUUUUAAUAUACCCAAGGGCAUGGGUGUAUUUAUAUCAACCUACGGAUUACACUACGAUCCCAAGUACUGGCACGAACCCGAAAAGUUCAAUCCCGAACGUUUUUCCCCUGAAAACAAAAAACAAUUGAUGCCCAUGAUUUACCUACCGUUUGGUGGUGGCCCACGAAAUUGUAUUGGAUGGCGCAUGGGACUUCUACAGGUCGCUGCAUGUAUUGUCCAUAUCCUCAAAAAUCACUACGUUAAACUAUGCCCUCAAACACAUUUGAAACCUGAGUUCAAUGCAAAGGCAUUCGUUUUGCAAACGAAAGGAGGCAUGUAUUUGGAAGCUAUCAGAGAUGAUAUGUGUAAAAGCGCUGCACAGAACACUGCUUGUAACAAAUAAUUGCUCAUAUUUAUACACACAUAUAAUUUUCCAUGAACAUUCCACUAAGGAAUAUUUAUAAAUUUAUCCAUAUAAUCACUAACAUGAUGAGGUACCUCGAAAACUGUAAAAGAAAACCAACGAACAAUUUUUUAAAGAAAAUGUUAGAAUAUUAACGAAGAAAACAAAAUCGAAUAUCUGUGACAUUACUACAAAAGGAUUCCAACUGAGGAUCUCCCAUUUAACCGCUAUAUUCACAAUAUGCACGAAACUCCAAACACCUUCACCUGGGUUGUAGCCUAUAGACCUAAAAACAUUGAUAUCGGAAGAGCUUUUACUUUUACUGAUACACUGAUCCAGUACCAAGAUGUCAGUAAAAGGUCCUCCACAAGGUAGUAUUUAAGCUCCAUUCGUAUGGGUGACUACUAUAAGCAGAGUACAGAGUAUCUUCAUUAAAUACUGAUUGGAAACAACUUGCACGGAUUCGGAUUUAACUGUGCCGAAAUCCGGAGAGGGUCCUAGGAUCCGACCGAGACUUAAAUCUGCAAGUUUUCUAGGAAGACAGUUCGGUUAAUUCGGGGCACCAUCUUCCCUCAAGAUAUCAUCUCAACAAUCGACAAUGUUCUACAUUCGUAAGAGAUCUUAGAUAACAACAAAUAAAAGCGUACUAAGUUCGGCUACGCCGAAUCUU